ACAUUAUUUUGUUUGUUAUGCCAUGGGUAUGGUGAAAUCAGUAAAAUAAUAAUAAUAGUAUAAUAGUAUAAUAAAUAAUUUCUAUCUUUGCAGUCGAUUUUCUCGAAAGUAUGUACCUCUGAAAUUAUCUGGAAGAUUACAUUACAUUACAUUAUUGGCAUUUGGCAGACGCUCUUAUCCAGAGCGACGUACAACAAAGUGCAUACCCAUAACCAGGGAUAAGAUAUAAUGCAAAGAUGCAUUUUCGGUGCAACAUAACAGAAACAUAUCAGUGUGUACCAACUGCAUUGCCAUUGUGACAAGAUCAAGCCAAAAUGUGACCAGCAGACAUGGCAUCAGAGAUAUCAUGUUACGUUGAACCGAAAAUGCAUGGAGGUACAUACUUCAAUUAUCGUUCUAGAUCUGUAACUGUUCCUAGUCACACGUGCAGAGAAUGAUAAUAUUGCAAACACUUUUAUUUCAGUGGUAGUGUACAUUCUUUGAAAGUGUCUUCUUUUCUGAUAAUAUUGCUGGGAAACAUGCCUGUUUAUGUUAUUGUCCAAAGUCAAGAGUCUAUUUUGUGUGACGAUGCAGAAUGAUGAAGCUAACCGUAGAUAGUUGUCAGUGUCAGUAGUUAAGAAAAUAGCAUAGAUGAGUGAACAACACCAAAGACAAUUAAAAUGCCAUAAAACACAAAAGAGGAUCUCUAGAGAAAACAGACCAACAGAAAAGUCACCAAGUUAUCAAAAUUGGAUUGAUUUUUGGAAGUUUUUUUGAGAAGAGCGAAAUUCAAGGUGGUAACAGGUGGACCUGCUAUAGCUAGAUGGCAAGCAAACCAGUGGUCCAGUCGGGAAAUCUGUCUGAUGUGGUGACCAACUCUCCAGUAACAGACUUAGGAACCCCAAGACGAGAGAUGACCAAGAGAGGUCCGAUCAGCUACAAUGUACAGAGGGAGACUUCUCCAAGAGAACUCUAAAACUAGAGAACUAAAGCCACUUCAUGAUACCAUCCUCCUUGCUGUGAGGCGACAGUGCUACCCACUGCACCAUCCGUGCCGCCUCACUUCAUGAUACUUCUGUCUUUAUUGAGAAUCAUUGGUCACUCCCUUUAGAAUGUACCCACCAGUUACUGUCCUCCACACUGGCAAGCAUCUCUAAACCUAGCAUCCCGCUGAUUACUCCCAGAGUGCCCAGCCCUGCCCAGGUGCCAGUGACUUCAUGCCAAAGCCAUUACUGAUUAUAAGCGAAAGACAGAGAGAUCCUAAUCUCAACGACCAGUGACUGAAGAUGUAGUAAAAGGGACCAAAAAAGACCUGACCGCUGUGACCAGAUGGACAAAUACUCUAAGUGAUCAGAGGAGCAAAAAGGUAAAGGACAGAAAUAAGUCAGAGGUAGAGGACUGAAAAAGAGGGAGAGGUUAAGGACUGAGAAUAGAGGGAGAGGUAGAGGACUGAAAAAGAGGGAGAGGUUAAGGACUGAGAAUAGAGGGAGAGGUAGAGGACUGAAAAAGAAGGAGAGGUUAAGGACUGAGAAUAGAGGGAGAGGUAGAGGACUGAAAAAGAGGGAGAGGUAAAGGACUAAGAAUAGAGGGAGAGAGAGGCUGAAGAUGCUGUGGUUUCUACGUGGAGUGAGGCUGCGCUGCUGGCUCACCCUGGCCACAGGACUGGUGGAGUGCCUGUUUUUCACUGGGGUCAUUUAUGGGUGGGCCUCCCUGGUGUUUAUCCUGAAAGCCAGUGGAUACUUCAGUGACCAGUGUGUGAAUGCCACAGGACCCAAUGGCACACAGUACAUGGACUGUAGCAAACAGAACGAGCUCUUUUCCCUGGUUUUCACCAUCACCGUCAUCUUACAGAACUUCCUCAGUUUUCUCAAUGGAUUCUUCUUUGACCGCUUCGGUACCAUGGCAUCCAGACUGCUGGCAAUAAUACUGUACACCACUGGUACCUUGUUGAUUGCUUUUUCACAUCCAGAGAUAUCCAAUAUACUGUUUCCAGGUCUGGCCUGCAUCGCAAUUGGAAACAGCAUGUUAUUGCUCGCAAAUAUGCAGGUGGGGAACCUCUUUGACACCCAUCGUUCCACCAUCAUCACCUUGUGUAUCGGAGCCUCCAGCUCCUCUGCCAUCACCUUCCUCAUCAUCAAGGUGGCAUCUGAAAGAGGGAUCUCUCUGCACCACUCUUUUUUCUUCUUGUCGGCAUGCAGCGUAAUCCACCUCAUGAGAACCUUCAUCCUCAUGCCAAAGAGGCACAUCCCCUACCCCCUCCCUGAGGGCUACACUUAUGGGAUGAACUGUGGUCAGAUGAAGUGCAACUGCUGUUGUCUCACAAAAAAAGCACAGAGAGAAAACACAGAGUCAGUGCAGGGAGAGGAAGGGAUAGAGAACGCAACAUCUGAACAAGGGAGCCCCCGGCAGGCCCCACAGACAGAUCUCUCUCUUCACCCUCUCCCUGUAGACAGUUUUAAGCAGUGUGUGCUCAGCUGGUUGUUUCUGUGGCACCUGGUGUGGGUGUCAGUCACGACUCUGCGGCACCUCCUGUUCAUUGGCACCCUGAACCCCAUGCUGACCCUGCUGGCUCACGGAGACACAGCCCAAGUGAGCCACUACACCAACGUCUUCGCCUACACACAGUUAGGUGGGAUACUGUGCGCCCCCUUGAAUGGCCUGAUCAUUGACAGAUCCAAGGGCAAGCUACGGGCCGAAGGAGAGACGGAGGAGGAGAGUAACCUGCGCUCUGUGGUGCUCUCCCUCUUCCUCACUGCCCUGCAGUGCCUCUUAUUCUCCAUCUGCACCACCAUACCUGUGCUCCCGCUUCAGUACCUGACUUUCGUCCUGCAAGUGGUCAACCGUGCCUUCUCGUUUGGAGGGACUGCAGCCUUCAUCAACAUUGCUUUUCCAGUCUGUCACUUUGGUAAGCUAAUAGGUGUGGUUAACGCUGUAUUGACUGCGGUUUUGCUCCUGCAAUUCCCCUGCAUCAUCCUGUUGAAUGAGGUGUUGGAUGGAGACCCCUUAUACAUAAACAUAGCCCUGUGCAUCCUGUGCCUGGCCAUGUUCAUUCACCCGGCCUAUGUCUAUAUCCGCUGGCGCAGAUUGGCCAAUCAGAGAAGACGCUCCGCCCAGCCACCUCCCAACGAUGAGAACGCCUUCUCUGGAGACAAUGAAGACCAACCCCAGGAUGCCCCAGGCUCCUCUUAGACAUCCCCAAAAUGAACACUCACAAUGUCUCAGGCCUACUGUUUUAUGAGGGUCCAUUCUUUCCCCCACUGAGUGGUUAAUUAAAAUAUUGGUCAUGUUUGUUAAAUAAUAAGACAAACAUGACCAUGUUGGCUUCUUCUUUCCUGCUUCUGUAAACUGUCUUUGUGACAUAUGUUCUUUACGAAUAUAAUUUAUUUGAUAUAA